AUGCAGAAUGAUGUGAAAUGGUUGAAAGAAUUGGUCAUGCCCGAGUUCGAUGCAGAUUUAACCGAUCGUCAGAAAGAUAUGCUUACCCAAGUUGUUGAGACAUUUCUGUCAUUGUGGACGGAGCAGCUAAGCGUACACGACAUGUCAGAUGCAUUCCGAGCAGAGCUGUACGAUUUGAACUGGAUUGAUGCAAUGAAGCAGAGCUGCGCUGCUCCGCAACUUCUUGCAACUGUUCUGGCAAUGCUUAAGAAUCUGAUCAUCGUAAGGGUUGGUCGAUUUUUAUGUUUUCCUAACAAAAACAGCGUUUAUGAGCAGAAAUUUUCGAUGAGUUAUGAAAUUUUUUCAAAUUCUGAACUCCUAGAGAAAUUCAAAAAAACCUUGGAAAAAUCGGCCUAG